UAGAGGAUCAGUUUCACUAGCCUCAGCACCGUAAACAGGAGCCGCCGCCGGGGAACGGGAGCCGUCGUGUUGUUUAUUUCACACAAGAUAAACUUUUCUCUACAAUGUCGGAGUUUGACAGCAACCCCUUCGUGGACCCACUGGACAUAAAUCCCUUCCAGGAUGCCUCAAUCAGUCAAGCCACCAGAGGAGCCCCUAAAAACGUUGGGGAAUUCAACCCAUUCUCUGCAACUGAAAUGGGAACCCACUCUGGCACGACCAUCCCCAUCUCUGCUGCCGCCUCUCAACCCGCCAUCCUACCCACUUCUGUGGAGCAGAGCGCACAACAGGCAAAUGUAGCAGCUGGCCAGGCUAACCUGCUCAAACAGCAGGAGGAGCUGGAGAAGAAAGCAGCUGAGCUAGAGCGGAAGGAGCAGGAGCUCCGGAACAGGACCGGAGCCAGAGCGCUCAACACUGGCCCUAAAGAGAACAACUGGCCACCUCUUCCCAGCUUCUUCCCCAUGAGGCCCUGCUUCUAUCAGGACUUUGAAGAGGAAAUCCCUGAGGACUACCGCAGGAUCUGCAGGAGAAUGUACUACCUCUGGAUGUUCCACAGUGCUACUCUGUUCCUCAACGUGCUGGCCUGCCUGGCUUACUUCACUGCAGACCCCCAGUACGGCAUUGACUUUGGUCUGUCCAUCCUCUGGUUCAUCCUCUUCACCCCAGUGUCCUUCAUCUGCUGGUACAGGCCCGUCUACAAGGCCUUCAGGUCUGACAGCUCCUUCAGCUUCUUUUUUUUCUUUUUUGUCUUUUUCUUCCAAGUGGCAGUGUACAUCAUCCAGACUGUAGGGAUUCCCAAGUGGGGAAACAGUGGAUGGAUCGCAUCCAUCAGCAUGAUCGGCACAAACCUGGCUGUGGCUGUGGUUAUGAUGGUGGUGGCCGGGUUUUUCACUGUAAACGCUGUCCUGGCUGUCAUCCUCCUGAAAAUGGUCCACUCUAAGUACAGAAGGACAGGUGCCAGCUUCACCAAGGCCCAGCAGGAGUUCUCCACGGGAGUCCUGACCAACCGAACCGUCCAGACUGCUGCAGCCAGUGCUGCCCAGGGAGCCUUUGGCAGUUAGAGCGAACAUCCUUUCUGCUUCUGGCUAGUCUCUUCUCUGACCAACAUAGCCAUGUCCCAACAUACUGCAAUGUGUUUAGGGGCUGGGGUUUGAUUAUUUAUUGAAAAGGGCCAAAAAACAAGAAACUUAUAAGGAGGGGAAUUAUUCUCAUUACGUCAGCUGAGUGAAAGGUCUACAUUCUCCACUUAUUAGCUUUUCAAGAGACUGUUAUAUAAUACAGCAUGACUAUGACUCUCAAUUGUUAUUGAAAAUUGACCAUUCUCAUCAGUAUGUUAGCAAAGUGUAUGCCAUCAACAGUUUUUCUGGGACAUAUAGGAAGGUGUAGGAAAACAGAGUGGGUUUGACAAAAAUGUAUUGGCAACACCUCACAGUAUAACUAACUGAAAUACAUUUAACAUAGUCAACUAAAGUAAGUAUAUCUGCGGCACACCACUAAACAGGGCCAAGGUUAAGCGAUAAAGUAGUUCUUUAUUUUUUAUUCACGUUAUUCUUAAAUACGCUGGCAGAAAGGAUUUCUCUAUUCCACUGAAAUAAAAUACGGGGGCCUCAAAAAUGACCACUGCGAAGAGUUGGCAUUAUAUAAAAAGCAUACUUGACAUGCGAAUGUUUUACCAUCAUUCAUUGAUGGAUCCACAUAAUGUGUGUGUACAUAUUUGUGGCGUUACAGCAGCACGUAGAGCGUUACAGGGUUACCAUUCUGUCAUUCUGCUUCAUAAACGUGUUUAAUAGAUGCACUGCUGGAUGCCCUGGAAGAAUCAUACAUCCUGCACUACUGAUGAACACUGCUGCUGUAGGAGUGUUCGCCCUAAAUUUGUUUUCAUGUGCAUAACACUGUAUAGAAUAAUCAUUAAUGAAGGUGACGGGAUGCUGGAAGGUUUAUCUUUCUACUGGUUUCAUUAGUUUACUGAUUUAGAUGAAGUGAGACAAAAAGUUCCUCUUCGGGCAAUUGAAGACAUAGUUUAACAGUGACGCGAUAUUUUUACAUGUUUAGUUGUUAAUGUUUUUAGAUAUAGUAUGGCUCCUUGCUGUGAUUCAAAUGAAAGACAGGGUGCAGGUUUACUAAUGUAAAGUUACUGACAUAGUAUAGAAUUAAGAAUGAUUUACUUAGAAGUGUAUUAAUGAGCAGAAAGAACACAAUAUUUAUCUGUUGAUUAUCCAGUCUUGACUUUAUAUUCAUAAAAAUGUGUUGACCAAAGUCAUGUGGUACUGAAUAGUCGCAGAUAGAUAUUUUUUUUAACCUGCUUUCUACCUACUACUAGCAUUUUUUUCACAUAUUUACUUGUGAAUAUAUGCUGUGCGAUUCUCAUCUUUUGUUACUGUAACACUGAAGGACUUUGUUUAGGUGUACUCAGUGCCUUUCAGCAGAUGUAACCCAUCAUUUUUGCGUGGGGAUUUAAGCGCAAGGCUGUUGUGUUUUGUCUGAUUUAGUUUGUCUUAAUAGAGAAACGUGUUUUAUGGUGAUGUUUCCCUUUGAUGAUCAGAAUGUGUUAAGGUGUGUUGUA